GCGCGCGUCUGCGUGCGUGUCGGGCCAGUCUGGGACGGCUGCUCGGCCGCCGCUAGCGCGGCUUUUGUCACGGGUGACCGCGCGACCAACGCACGAUAAGAAGUGUACCACGCGAGGCGAUAAGGGCGCGGGGGAAGCGAAACUUCGAUAUGUGAUGUAUCCGAACGAGAGAGCAGCAGCAGCCCGAGUCGUCCGGGAGUGCCGGACACUUAGCUCGACCGAUCAGCGGCCCCACUGCGACGAUGCGGCCGACCCCGCUCGCGCUGCUGCCGACGGUGCUGCAGCUGUCAUUCGCCGCGGCCGCUUCGAUCACGAUCCCGACGGAUGACUCGCGGCACCCGAUCGUGGCGUCGAGCGUCGAAGACGCGUUCGCCCAGUACGUCGUCCGAUACAACAAGAGCUACGAGCCCGGCAGCGCCGAGUACGACCGGCGGUUCGCCGCGUUCCGCGACAGCCUCGACCGCAUCGCGCGCAGGAGCCGCAACGCUACGGACGGCUCGGCGCGCUACGGGCUGACCCGAUUCUCGGACUUCACGCCGGACGAGUUCCGCCGCGACGUGCUGUCGUCGCCUCCGGCGGACCUCGACGACAUCGUUCGACAGCUCUUCCCCGACUUGACGCUUGGCGACGACAACGACAUAGGCCCGCUCCUUCUACAGCCGAUCACCCCGAAGAAGACCCAGCUGGUGCGGGGCCAAUACCCGGACCACUUCGACUGGCGCAACCGCAGCGUCGUGACGCCCGUCAAGAACCAGCUCAACUGCGGCGCGUGCUGGGCCAUCAGCACCGUCGAGAACGUCGAGAGCAUGUACGCCAUCGCGACGGGCCAGCUGGUCGAGUUCAGCGUCCAGCAGAUGGUGGACUGCUCCAACAACUCCAACCACGGCUGCAACGGGGGCGACACGUGCUCAGCGAUGCAGUGGCUCCGCGAAAACCGCAUCAAGCUGGUCACCGAGGGCGCGUACCCGUUCACCGCGUCCACCGGGAAAUGCCGGCACACCACGAGUGACGUCACCGCCGAACUCGUCGACUACACCUGCGAGAGGCUCGUGGGCAACGAGGAGCGGAUGCUGGACCUCAUCGCCAACGUGGGACCGCUAGCCACAGCCGUGGAUGCGACGGCGUGGCAGGAUUACUUGGGCGGUAUCAUCCGGUACCACUGCGAUGCGGGGAGGAACCACGCGGUGCAAGUGGUCGGGUACGACCUGAGGGGUGAGGUGCCGCACUACAUUGUCCGCAACUCGUGGGGUGCUCAGUACGGUCACGGCGGCUACUUGUACAUAGCCGUUGGCAAAAACCUCUGCGGCAUCGCAGAAGAGGUCUCGACAGUUUCUGUCAAAAAACCAUCGGGGUAGUAGAGAUUGCCUAUCUCUGGCAAAUCAGUUCUGCGGCAACCGCAAAGUGCGGGAAGUUACAUAAAUUCAAGGGGGAUAUUGGCAUCCAUCUUAGAGAUGGCAUGAAGCUGCAUAGGAAGCUUCGCAGUUGAAGAUAAAUUUGUCCUUGUCUGCGAAUCGAACCAGAGACCAAUACC